GCGAUAAAGAUCCAGAUGAACAACUCUGCAAUUUUUCCCCCUCAUUUCGUAACGGUUAAAAUAAAUUCAAAUUUCGUACAAUAAUUUUUUCAUAGUUUCACAUCCCGUUUGUUGACAUUUCAAUUCGAUCCACAAUAUUUAUCAAUUUUAAUGACUUAAUAAGGACUUUUAAGGCACCAAAUCUAUUUAUUCAUCAUAAGUAUAACUUAGUUCAUCAGGAGACAUUAAAGUAUCUAUUAUUAUAUCAGUAAAACACUAGGAAAAUGGAAAAUUCCGAUAUUCGAGUAGCACAACAAUUGUCAAAUGAAGUCCAAAAAGCGAUUGAACAAGUUUGUGAGAGUGAUGAUCCACUAAUUAAGCCUGAUUUCAAUCCAGCUGACUACAUUAAUAGUCUGUUUCCAACAGAACAGUCACUAAAUUCAAAUUCUUCAAUUGAUGACGUGAUUUUAAAGAUGGAAGUAGAAAUUCAAGUUAUAGAUGAUAAUAUUAGGGAUGUAGUAAGAGGUGUAUCGACAUCCAGUAAUGAUGGCAAGCAGGCACUGGAUGAAGCUAAAAAGACUAUUCAACAGCUGUUUUCACAAAUUGGAGACAUAAAGAAUAGAGCUGAAAUAACUGAAGACGUCGUCCAGUCAAUAACAAGCAACAUUAAACAGCUGGAUUGUGCAAAAAAGAAUCUUACAUCGGCGAUAACUACUUUGAAUCAUCUCCACAUGCUUGUUGGUGGAGUUGAACAGUUAAAAGUGCUGACGGAAAAAAGAUUAUACGGUGAAAUUAGUAAUCCAUUGCAGGCAAUAACAGAAGUGAACCAGCACUUUACUCAAUACAAUGAAAUUCCACAAAUUAAGGAACUGUCAAAUAAUGUAGCAGAAAUCCAUAAAAUCCUAGCUACUCAAAUCACUGAGGAAUUUAAAAAUACAUUCAGUAUAACGCCAAAUAAUAGCAACAAAAUGUCACUUUCCAAGUUAAAAGAUGCAUGCCUAGUCAUAUCAGUUCUUGACAGUAAAGUUAGGAAGGAAUUGAUCAAGUUUUUCAUAAACUACCAGCUAGAAGAAUACAUCCAACUAUUCAGUGAAGAUCAGGACAUUUCAUGGCUAGACAAAAUUGACAAAAGAUAUGCAUGGAUUAAGCGUCGACUGCUUGAUUUUGAGAAUCAAUAUGGAACCGCUUUUCCUGAAAAUUGGGAAGUUUCCGAGAGAAUUGCUGUCGAAUUUUGCAGCAUCUCUAAAACUGAAUUAAGUAAAAUAAUGUCACGCAGACGAACUGAAAUUGAUGUUAAGCUGUUGCUGUUUUCAAUAAAUAAGACAUCGCAAUUUGAGGAUUUACUUGGAAAAAGAUUUACUGGAUGUACGCUAGGUGAAAAUGUUAAGCAAGCUAUUCAAGUUGAUAAAAGAGUAUUUUUGGAAUCAUCUGACAAGGAACAGUCAUCAGAUGAAAGGUCACAGGCUGGUGAGGAAUAUAGCUCAACAUCACCAUUCAGAAAUCUGAUUAGUGACUGCUUUAAGCCUUAUUUGGACAUUUAUACUGAAAGUAUUGAUAGAAAUUUGAGCGAAUUAAUCGAUAAAUUCCUUCAAGUCGCUAAACAGCAGUCAGUUCAUGCUUCACUCGAGAGCUGUGCUGAACUUUUUAUUUUCUACAAGAAAAGUUUAGUCCAAUGUACGCAAUUAAGCAACGGAAAGACACUUUUUGACCUCGUUCAGGUCUUUAAGAAACAUUUACGAGAAUAUGCAAUAAAAGUGCUCGAAAGUCAAAUACCAAAAGUGGCAGUUCCAUCAAGCACAUCAUCUAUAACAUCCAGUAUGUCACUUUUGAAGCAAAAAGAUUUUCAAAAUCUUCAAAGUGCUGCAAAUCAAGUCAUUCACAGUUUCUUAAAAGAAGGCGAAAUUCCAAGAUACACAAAAGAGGAACGAAUUUUGGUCUGUAAAAUAUUAACAACAGCUGAAUAUUGUCUAGAAACUGUGCAGCAACUCGAGGAGAAAUUGAAGGAAAAGAUCGAAGCUACAUAUACUGAAAAUGUAGACCUUUCAGAAGAGAAGGAUGUCUUUCAUCGAGUUAUAUCUCAUUGUAUUCAGCUUCUUGUCCAAGACAUUGAGAAUCUUUGUGAAUCGUCACUAACUGUCAUGACUAAAAUGCAAUGGCAAAGCAUUAGUAAUGUUGGAGACCAAAGUCCAUACGUUAAUUCCAUUAUUUCACAUUUUAAACAGACCAUUCCAGUCAUACGUGAUAAUUUGGCUACAUCCAGGAAGUACUAUACACAAUUUUGUCAUAAAUUCAUAAGUUCCUUUAUCCCUAAAUUUAUUAAUAAUUUAUACAAGUGUCGACCAACGAAUAGUGAAGGUAUUGGGAAUAUUAUGGGAUGUGAGCAGUUAUUACUCGACACACACAGUCUUAAGACAGUUUUAUUAGAACUUCCAACUAUUGAAUCUCAAGUUAAUCGAAAGGCACCGGCAAGUUACUCAAAGACAGUCAUUAAAGGCAUGACAAAGGCUGAGAUGAUAAUUAAGAUUGUUAUGGCUAAUAUUAAUCCACACGCACUGUUUAUAGAACAAUAUUUAAAGCUUCUGCCUGAAAAUACACUUGCCGAGUUCCAUAAAAUUUGUGAAAUGAAAGGAAUUAAGCGAGCUGAUCAGGCACUACUCAUUGAUGUCUAUAAAAGAAUGAUCCCUGAAAAUUCCAAUGGAAGUGCUGAUGUUUACUUAAAUGAACCUGACGACAAGGGAAGGAUUAAGAAAUUAGAGAAUAUGAUUAAGAAACGUUUGCCUAACUAGAUUUGAUGUUUGUAGGACGGAAGUAUGAUUUUAAUAAAAAUUUAAAUUGACUAUCUUAUCAACUAGAGUUUGUUCUUUUUAAUGACGAGUUAUGAACU